GCGGCCCCCGGGGGCGGGGCCGAACCGAACGCUCGGCGCUCGCGGGAGCCGCCGCAGCCAUCGCCCCGUGACCCAGCGCGGCCAUGGCCGGGUUCAUCAACUUCGCGGACGAGGAGGAGGUGCGGGCGUACCUAGAGAACCUGCACGUGGAGUACAGCUACCAGUGCUUCAGGGAGAAGGAUCCGGACGGCUGUCAGCGCUUCGCCGAUUACCUGGACGCCGUGAAGAAGGACUUCGUGGCGGCGGCGCGGGUGCUGCGCGACAACUGCGAGGCGCACGGGCACAGCGAGAGCUGCUACAAGCUGGGGGCCUACCAGGCCCUCGGCAAAGGUGGACUCGACCCAGAUUUGAAAGCUGCCUACAAAUCUUUCAUGAAGUCAUGUGAGAAAGGUGGGAAGAAGUCAGCAAAUGCGUGUCACAGUGCUGGGCUGCUGGCCCAAGACGGAAGAGCCAACAAUGAUCUACCCGACCCUGUUGCUGCUAGAGACUAUUACACAAAAGCCUGUGAUGGCAAUUUUGCUCCUAGCUGCUUCAACCUCAGUGUGCUGUACCUGCAGGGAGCACCUGGGGUGCCCAAGGACAUGAGCCAUGCCUUGAAGUACUCGCUGAAAGGCUGUGAACUGGGGCACGUAUGGGCUUGUGCCAACGCCAGUCGCAUGUACAAACUGGGAGAUGGUGUUGAGAAGAAUGAUGCUAAGGCAGAGGAUCUGAAAAACAGGGCUAAACAGUUGCAUAAAGAACAGAAAGAAGCUGCAAGUUCUCUAACAUUUGGGGUGUAAAACUGGCAGUUGCAGGUAUUAAGACUGUGGUUUUUAAAUGGCAAGUGAACUUGUUAUUUAAAUUGUGAGCAUACAGUUUUCACUUAAGUAAAUGUCCUGUAUUUGGAUAUGUAAAUAAAAUUGUAUUUUUGCAGAUGCAACAAAUGA